AUGGCGGAACCCAGGACAAAAAUAGGACAAAGAUUAAUCCAGGUGCCUCGGCUCCUGGGUGAGGCAGAGGAACAGAUCGGCGAUCGUUCCGAGGAUGCCGAGGCAAAGGCCGACAAGCAGCGCCGGAGGAUACAGAACCGGAAGAACCAAAGAGCACACCGACUGCGGCUCAAGGGCAAGGACGCGGGAGCCGGCCAGAGGCUGCGUCCAUUCGAGAUCGGACGUUGGCGCCUUGAUGAGCACGACGUUGUUCUCCCCGAGGAGGCCUCGCCAGCAUCAGGGGCCGCGCCAGCAUCAGGGGCCGCAUCAACCACGCCCACAUCCCCUCGGUCACUUCACACACACAUAGAGUCAACUUCCCAUAGAACCGAGCAUACCACGUUCCCCCGAGAAUCUCGACUCACGGCCCAACAUCGGCCAUCUUCAACCCUUAACCCCCAGCCCUUUACUUUCCCCCUGUCCGCGGAUCACCUCCUCCACCUCAUCCAGUACAACGUCUUCCGCGCCUUCAUCACUAACAAGCGCGCCCUCAACUUCCCGGCCGGAGGUCCGACCAACUGUCCCAUCAGCGGGCUAUACUGUCACGACACGAGCCUCCGCACCAGCAUCCCUCCCUCCCUUGCCCCGACCACCCUCCAGCAGAACCGCUACCACUGUCUCUGGAUCAGCGCCAUCCCCUUCCCCCGCAUCCGCGACAACCUCAUCAGGCACGAGGGCCUCUUCGACCACUGGGACCUGAUGUACGACCUCAUCGGCGAUCUCAUGCUCUCCACGCCAGCCGCAUGCGUGGGAGGCACCACCCCAGCUGCGACCCGGCGGCCCCCACCCUUACUGACGUCCCCAUCGGGGAGUAUUGAUGGUGCGGACGAUGAUGAAGUCACCGCCGGGCGCAGGGGGCUCAUCGUCUGGGGCGAGCCGCACGAGACGCAGAGCUGGGAGGCCACGCCUGGCUUCCUCGCGAAGUGGGCGUGGGCCGUGGAGGGCUGCGAGGAGCUGGUCGAGACGAGCAACCGCUGGAGGAUGCAGAGGGGCGAGGAGCCCAUGCGGCUCUCAUUGUUGAGGAGCUGGUCGCCGCUCCGCUACCACUGA